AUGAAGAUCCGCUUCGUCCUCUCCUUUCUAUGUGUUUUAACACUGGGUCUUCUUGUUGGAUGGCCAAGAGGAUUCCACACCCUGACAUCCAAAAUUCCUGCCAACUAUAGUUACUGGAGCAGAAGUGGACAAGUCACCAUCUUGAUGUGGCACUGGCCCUUCGGUAAGUCAUCAAGCCUGCAGGGUGAUGUUUGCUGGGAUCUCUACCGCAUCCCUAACUGUAAAUUGGUGGACCAGCGCUCCUUGUUCCCCUUUGCUGAUGUGGUGGUGUUCCACAACAGAGAGCUGUCACAGGGCACCGAAAAACUGCCCCUGCACCUUCCACGGCCACGGGGCCAGAGGUGGGCUUGGAUGACUUUGGAGUCCCCUGCUCACAAUGGAGACUUGUACCAGUAUGCAAAUAUAUUCAACAUGACCAUAACCCACAGGAGGGAUGCUGAUAUCAGUAUACCCUAUGGUGAGCGGCUACCUAAGAAGGCUGAAGGACAUCUGGCGGAGGACAUCCCUCAGAAUAAGAGCUUCUUGGCCUGUUGGGUGGUCAGCAACUACAGGGCCCACCACAGGAGAACCCAAGUGUACAAGGAGCUCAGUGCCAGAAUUCCUGUCAAGGUUUACGGUCGGUGGGCAAAUACACCCCUCGCUAUUUCAGCUCUCUUACCUACAAUCUCUCGCUGCUACUUCUAUUUGGCUUUUGAGAACUCAAUCGCCAAAGAUUACAUCACAGAGAAGCUGUGGAGGAAUGCUUACCAAGGCGGGGCGGUGCCUGUCGUCCUUGGACCGCCAUUAGAGGAUUACAAAGCCGUGGCUCCACCUAAUUCUUUCAUCCAUGUUGAUGAGUUUGCAUCAGUCAAAGACUUGGCAAAGUAUCUACAACAGCUUGCAGAGGACAAGAAACGCUACAGUGAGUAUUUCACCUGGAAACGUCAGUGGAAAGUGAAGCUGUACACAGACUGGAAGGAGAGAGUGUGCAAGAUCUGCUCACAGUACAACAGUUUACCUCAGGAAAAAAUUUACUCCGACCUACAGGCUUGGAACAAGGCUAAUAACAGCUGA